CACUCAAAUCUUUAUAUUUUGAUAUUAUCUUUGCUUCCAACCACCUUCCAAGUGGCCAAACCAAUGUCUCCUAUUUUUAUUUAAUUCGUUUUCACAGCUAAACUAUCCCUUCCAAGUCUCCUUCUCUAUUCUUCUAUUCAAGUAUAAAUCCUCCUAAAACCUCACCACUCGUAGCAGAUACCCCACAGCUCUCUCUCGCUCUCUCUGGAGCCCAACUUUUGAUGUCUUUCUGGUAUAAAUCCUUUUCAAGACAUCCAUUUUCCACAACAAUCAACAACACCAUAAUGGCUACAUCUUCGCUUGCGAUUUCUCCGAGAAAGCUCCGAUCAGAUCUAUACUCUUAUUCAUAUCAGAAUGACUCCAAUACCCCACUUGUAAUUUCUGUUCUUGCUUCUCUGAUAGAAAGAACCAUGGCUAGAAAUGAGAGGAUCGCCAAGAACUGUUCAUGGGCAUUAUCGAAAGACAUCAGAACUAGGGUCUUUGAUUGCUACGAGACGCCGGACAUGACAAUUCAGUCCUAUCUUGAGAGAAUUUUCCGAUACACUCGAGCAGGGCCUUCCGUUUACGUUGUAGCUUAUGUUUAUAUUGAUCGGUUUUGCCAGGCGAAUCCUGGAUUUAGAAUCAAUGCAAGAAAUGUUCAUAGGCUUCUCAUUACAACUAUCAUGGUGGCUUCCAAAUAUGUAGAGGACAUGAAUUACAGGAAUUCUUAUUUUGCAAGAGUUGGAGGAUUAACUACGAAUGAGCUGAAUAAUUUGGAAUUUGAAUUUUUGUUCUUGAUGGGCUUCAAAUUACAUGUGAACUUGAGUGUUUUUGAGAGCUACUGUUGCCAUUUAGAAAGGGAAGUGAGCAUUGGAGGAGGCUAUCACAUAGAGAAGACUUUGAGAUGUGCAGAAGAAAUCAAAGCAGGGCAAAACGAGGAGAAGAGAUAUAUUAAUCAAAUUACUCGAAUUAUGCUGUAGAGUAUUAGUGAAAUGUUUCUUCUGUACAGAUUGAAAUGUAUAAAAAUUUGCUAAAACCACUAAACCAGUAAAGCAGAUAUAGAGUGGUCUUAUUACUUCUUUUAUAAGAUCUAAUUCUUUACUAAUA